AUUGUAACUUUAAAUAAGGAACAUGUGUCUAAUCGAAUAGUAUUUAAUUUCCUUACGAACAUCACUUUUAUCAUAUGAUUUAUACGCGUGUGUUAUAUGUAAAUAUAUCCUUUAUUCACGGCCAAUGGCCUAAUGCCUUUAUGCAUUUUUGAUGGAACUGUGAAAUGAUUACAACGACAUGGAUAUUCAUUUCAAUGUUGCUGUUUGCAAAAGCAUAAAUAUUUGAAAUCCAAUAAUCGUCGCUUUCGAACCAUUAUCUUCAUAGCUUCAUAGGACAGCCAAGCAGUGUUAUCGUCGCAUAUGUUGACGCACUUUUGAGACAGAUUGAUAAACAAGAAAUAUAUUGAUAAUUAUUUAGUAAGUUAAAUAGUUUUCAAAGCAUUUAAGGACUAAAUGCAGUAAGAUGACCAGUAAAACAAACAUAAUCGCUGCUGUUGGCGCAUGUUGUGUGUUUCUAUUAGUUGUGAAAAUAUUCACCGACUCUUCAGAGCCUAAUAUAGUCACAGUUCGGGAGGAUGCUAUUCCAAACACACAAGGAUUUCAUACUCAAACGUUGCUUGCUGUUAUAGAACAAAGGAAUAAUGCGUCAAAAAUGUUAAAUAUGAAACAACAAAAAAUAGGACGAUUGGAAUGUGAGAAACUCGGGGACAAAGGGGCAGCAACAAGUGAGACCGGCGGUUGGUGCGAGAAAGCCAGCAAAGAGGACAGCGGACAUCACAUGACUGACAAUAAUCUGGUGGCCGCUUUGAUCGAAUUGUUUACUGGUAAAUUUGUCGGAAGUUUUGGCGACGGCCCAGGGAGAUAUAAACAACUUCUCAUAGAAUCGGGAAAAGUGAAAGGAUACGAUGCCUAUGAUGGUGCGCCAUAUUGUGACGUCACUAGUCAAGGGCGCGUGCAGUUUCUUGAUUUGACUCUGCCGCAGUAUGGACUACCCGUAUAUGAUUGGGCAAUGAGUUUGGAAGUAGCCGAACACAUUCCUGAAAAAUUUGAAAGUGUUUUCAUUAAUAAUGUCGUUCGCCAUGCCAGGGAGGGAGUUGUUUUGAGUUGGGCGCGGCCGGGGCAGGGCGGCUACUCCCACAUUAACAACAAACCGUUUGAAUACGUGAAAAAUCUUAUGAACGAUCUUGGGUUUUCUCAUGAUGAACAAGCGUCACAGAAAUUACAAACUGCUGCAUCAUUUGAUUGGUUUAAACAUAAUACAAAUGUAUUUAGACGAAAACAAUCUUUCAAAGAUGAAAUAGAUGGUUUUAGAGCCUAGUAAUUGUUCGAAUGUUUGUUAACCUGAUCCAACACAUCACAAUUGUCAGUUUGAUAAUCCAAACCCCAUUCUUAAUAUACAAUAAAGUAGAUGUUUUUCUUUGUAUAUCUUUGUUCCACAUUGCUUUGAAAUCUAUUGUUCAUAGCGUAAUACUUGAUAAAAUGACAACGAAAUGUCUUAAAAAGUAAAACAAGAAGAUAUUUAUUUCAAAACGUCCGCUGUUUUGCUUAGAUCAUGCUUGUUACAAGCGUAAGAGGUUAAUUCCUUAAACAAUAUUAAAAGGUUUAUCAUUCUUACAUAUAUGCAUGCCACAUGCAUAUUCUGGUUUAUAGAUGCUCGUGUUUUUACAUGGUAAACAGUACGGCAUAUCAAUCCACGGCCAUCUUGUUGGAAAUAUAUACAUCAUAAUUAUCUUAACGUCAUGAUGUUAUUAAGAAAUAAAUGCAUGUUAUGCAAAAAUGUUGUGUUUGAUUUAAAGACAAACGGUGAUACAAAUACAGCCAUCGACUCAAUGGAGGAAAACCAUUGUUUCCCGUACGAACAAUAAUCAAAACCGAAAAGCCUUCAAACCCAUACGCUAUGAUGUCCCUUUGCAUGAUUCAGACAGGGCAACAUAUUUUGAAGAAGAUAUUUUCCUGUUUUACAGUUUAUGUUCUUGUUUACUAGUAUGGUUACGUUUGGCACACGAAUGAAGAUGCUAUAAGUAUAUUAUUACCUGAAUCCAAGCAAUAAACAAUUCAGGGUAAUAAUAUUUUUGAAACUUAACUUUAUAUUUAAAGCUUUACGUUCGCCUCGGUUUUGUUUUACAAAUAACAGUACUGCAUUUGUUUUUCGUGGCCAUGAGAGAGUACCCCUUGGGAAUCGAACCCAGAGCCUCUCGGGUUUGGAUCCGACAUUAAUACCAUGGAACAACUCUAUGCUUCUAAUGUUGAAGAUGCGGAGUGCUGGUUUUCAUUAUACUAUUUGAAUAUGUGUGACGUUCAUGGGGCAGAUAACAUGUGUUGGCAUUGAUGGAAAAAUGAGAAAAGUUCUGAAGAAUGUGUAGAAUCAUAUCUACUGCCCUUAAUUCAGACACACAUCAGAACCUGUUGUUAGUAUAGUUUGGUGCCUUAAAGUUUCGCAAUAAAACCGAUUCCGAAGUAAGUAGUGAUUUUUUAUAAGCAUUCCUUAUUAAGCUUUUGCGUGCGGUAUUGAUAUUGUCGACGCCAUUCUUGACCAUGUUAUAUGCACACGCUACAUCAAAUGAAAAUAUACCAUUGGUCUCGGUUGGAUUAGAACACCUAAUUGAAUGUUAUUAUAAAUUCGUAGGCCAAACUGCUUGUUACAAAUUUGCACGAUAUAAAACUAAAUCAUAUGUUGGAUUUCUCAAAACCCGAUCAAUAUUGGAAAACAUGAUAUCAGCGAAAAUGUACAUCUACGCUUAAUGCAUUUAUGUGUGUGUUUAUUGUGAUUAAGUUCUUUAAUUAAAUGUAUAUACAUCA